GGUAUAUUGAAUUUUAUGAUGCAAUGUCAGUCCCUAUGGCAAUAGCAAUCUCUGGUCAACUUCUUCUUGGUCAGCCGGUAAUGGUUAAACCAUCAGAGGCUGAAAAGAAUCUUGUUCAAUCCACUACAUCUGCUGCUGGAGGAACAGGGGGGCUUACAGGUCCGUAUUCUGGGGGAGCCAGAAGGCUGUAUGUUGGCAAUCUGCAUUUCAAUAUCAAAGAAGACCAACUUCGUCAGGUUUUUGAAGCAUUUGGUACUGUGGAGCUUGUGCAGUUGCCUACUGAUCUUAUUACUGGGCAUUCCAAAGGUUAUGGUUUUAUUCAGUUUGCACGUCUUGAGGAUGCGAGAGCCGCACAGAGUUUAAAUGGAAAUCUGGAGAUAGCAGGCCAACUUAUCAAGGUAUCAGUUGUUACCGAUCAAUCUGGAAUGCAAGAUGUUGGUGCAAAUACUGGUGACUUUGAUGAUGAUGAGGGUGGUGGCUUGUCUCUGAAUGCACACUCUCGAACACUUCUGAUGCACAAGUUGGACCGUAGUGGAGCUGCUACGAGUCCUGGCCUUCCCCUGCCCACAGCACCAAUUAUUGGUGCCACACCUGCAGUGCCUCCUCUUGUGCAAGCUCCUGUUCCUAUGGUUGCAGGAUUGCCCGGUACAGGUCUUGCAAUGCCUCCUGUAACUGUUCCUUCUGUCGCUAUCAUUGGGGUCCCAAGCGAAUGUUUAUUGUUGAAGAACAUGUUUGAUCCAAAAUUAGAGAUGGAACCAGAUUUUGACAUGGAUAUUAAAGAUGAUGUUAAGGAUGAAUGUUCUAAGUUUGGGACACUAAAGCAUAUUUAUGUGGAAAAGAAUAGUGCUGGAUUUGUAUACUUGCGAUUUGAAAAUACGCAAUCUUCCAUAAAUGCACAACGUGCCCUCCAUGGGAGAUGGUUUGCUGGCAAGAUGAUCACUGCAACCUUCAUGCUGCCCCAGAAUUAUGAGGCUAAAUUUCCUGACAGUAUAUAGGAUGCGGCAGUGCAAAUGCAAUCCGAGUUAAAUAGUUUUACCUGCGUACAUGCUGGCUUAGAUGGCUUCUGAAUUGUAUUAAUUUAUUGUUCACACUAAUAUGGACGAAGGGAUGAAGUCUCUUUUGUGUAAUGAAACGAAAGUAGAUAUUCUUGGUUGCAGCGUUGUAUAUGAACCUAAAUGAAGCAGACAUGUUUGCGUAGACAUUCAUGAAAUUUUGCUGACUACAUAAACAGACUGAUUGCUUUGAGUAGUUAUAGUAGCCUUGUCAGCAAGAUGCACUUUGCUGUUGGUUCCUCUACAAGGGCGGGAUGAGCCUGGCUUGUGCUAAAACUUAGUGCUUGGACCAGAACUCAGUACAAUGGUCUGCUCCUGGUUUCGGAAAUCAUGUACUACAUUCCAGGGUAAUGUCUGUUUCUUCCUCAAUCUUUAAGCC